UCCACUCCGCAUCACUCCGCAACUCUAUUGCUUCACAUCAGCUACUCUGUCGCGAACCUCAAUUGUAAAUUGAUAUAACUUGUCUUUCAGAAUUCAAUCAAUUGCAACAAUGGAGAAUCCAGUCGACGAAAUCUCCGGAGUGAUCCACAGUCUUACCCAAGACCCGACGCCACAGCAAAUGGGCACGAUAGAAAAUUACUUCACACCUAACGCCACCUUCACUCAUCCUUUCUGUCGUACUCUCACUAGCAAUUCAAAGACUCAGAUCAUCUAUAUUUACCGCUGGUAUAAGAUCAUGAGCCCCAAUAUCGACAUCACUAUCAAGUCUGUUGCCUUCGACAAACAGAAUCUAACCCUCUAUGUCUCGAUAUCACAAGUCUUCAAGCUGUUCAUCAUUCCAUUCUACAAAGCUCCAGUGUCUCUCGUCACUCUCUUACAGCUCGAGCGCCGCGACAAGAAGUACUACAUCGCCAAUCAAAACGACCUAUACCAGACGGACGAAUUUGUCAAAUUCGUGGCGCCAUGGGGAGGGGCUCUCCUAGUGCAACUGUGGCAGCUAAUGGCCACGCUAUUCUGCGUGCUUGGUGUGUGGCUUCUUUGGCCGUUGGGUGUGUUGUUUGACCUUGUCGUACGGCCAGAAGGCACGCAGAAGGUUGUCGGAGGGAGGGGAAAAGCAAAGGAGCUAGAACAAGAAAUAAGGGAAUCCUAGAGCAGAGUAUUGUAGGAGAGCGCAGAUUGGGAAAUUGGUUGACUUUCAAAAGCUGUGGUAAUGAUCAAUGCCUUUCACCAACCUUAUGCCUUCGUCACGAUUAGGUACACUAUUUAUAACC